GGUAGCCAGCAUGGCUCAGUUAUUAGCGUUCGGAAGCAUCGAUCAAGGCACGAAUGAUCAACAAUCGAAUCAUGGAUCCUGCAACCGUAUCUUCAAUCGUAGCCUGAGAGUUUACAAAAACCAACAGCCGCAGAAGACAAUCCACAUAGGAAAGCAUAGUAACUUUCCCGGUUUACAUAGGAAAGCACACAGCAGCAGCAAUGAACUCUCUUCACAAUAAGGAAAUGACAUGGGUGGGUGAUGGUUCAGAUGGCAAUACACUCACGCAAACGGGCAACGACUUGGUGAUCGCCAGCAAGUCUGGUGGCACACCGUUCAAUCUUCGCCUCGAUUCUGAGCAGGCGUCACAAGACUACUACUGGCAAGCAACCAUCCAAAAGCUCAAGGGAAACCUCAGUUUUGGUGCUGUUAGCAAGGAUGGAUUCAAACCUGGGUGGAAGACCAAGGGCAUGUUCUACAAUGGAAAUCUGACCAAUGGAAGUGGUGCCCUCAAAGUUAGCUGGGGGCCCAGGUUUGAGGUGGGAGAUGCUGUUGGUGUGAGGGUCUCACCCGGAGAAUCCUUGACAGUAACUUUCUACAAGAAUGGAGAGUGCCUUGGUACUGGCUUUCGCUUGUCCAAUAACACGACAACCUUCUAUCCCUGCCUGCAUGUCAGCGGUUCAGCUUCUCUCUCUGUGGAGGUGCCAGAGGCAUUGCCAUCAACAGAGCUCUCUACUCCCAAUGUCACUGGGUUCUAUGGUGACUGGAAGCUUGACAAGGCAUGGGAUGGUGAGAACCCUUUGACGAUACCAGAUGAUCGUCCCCUUCGAUUGGAGCUAAUCAAUGAGGGUAGCAAGAUCAAGAUGCAUUUUAAGAUUGCAAACAAUAUCGGUGGUGGUGCCAGCAUUCUGGAGCAAAACGAGACCACAAUGAAGGUGGAUUGUGGCCCAUUCAUGAUGUCUAGAAUGAUGCCUCCACCAGAAUUCCGAACCCUAGAAAAUCUGAUUGGAACGAAAAAGAUUACGACAAUCACCCUUGACGACAGCAAUGGAACGUUGACUGUUACAGGGCCUGAAAUGAAAACAGAAUGGAGUCGUCUGAUUCGCGCCCCAGAAGCUCUGAACACAUUUUAAGGUCUGAAUCAGUCAGCUAGCCAAAAACUGCCGCAGUGCUAGCAUUGGGAUCACCUGGCGCCGGCAGUAGUACCGGUACACCUGUUGCUAACUUGUGGCUUCGAGAAAAAAGGAUGCCUCAAAAAUGAACACAUGGAAAGAUGCCCUGCUACAUGUACUCUGGAGGAACUUGACAUUGUUUGAAAAUUAUAAACGUAGACAGUCCAACUAUUCAAGAUCUAGAACCUUGACAUUGUUUGAAAAACUAUGAACUUGGACAUUCCAACUAUUGAAGAUCCCUUUUCUGGCCUUUCAGACAGGCAAGCAGUCCACAUGAUACCGGUAGUAAACUAUGCAUUUGGACCUUCGGCAUUGCUUGAUUUUUCCUAGCUGCAAUUGCCCACCUGACCUGGUGCCUACACGAAAUCCAUUGAUUCGAAGCUUGGGAAACAUUGGUGAGGUCGAGCCAUUUCUCUUCCUAACUAAGU